CUGACGUUCUACCAAGCAGGAACCGGCCGGUUUGAGUUAUUCUUAUGGUAAGGUUACCGGUAAAUUUUUCUGUUACAGCACGGAGCUGUGUUUGCCGGAAAAGCAGAGGUAGUUUUUUUUUAUUACUCUGGUUAAUAUUACUGGUAGGGAGUAUCCACGUGGACAUUAAACCGGUUGGUGAUAUUUUGGUGCCUUCGACGGUGAAAAACUUCGCUGGCGUCAACCUUUCGUCCAGUCCAAGGGACUGUCCAGAGGCUUUGGGUUGAAAGCUUAAAAGUGGAAGGAAAAAUAAACUAAUCGCAGAAGAAGCCUUCAGAAGCGAUGGAACUGUCACUGGCUCACCCUGCUCUCAAAGCCUUCAUGUGUGGUUCUCUCAGUGGGACCUGCUCCACACUGCUUUUCCAGCCACUUGACCUGGUCAAGACACGUCUGCAGACGUUGCAGAGUGGCGUCCAGCCAGGAUCAGGCAGAGUGGGGAUGACAUCAGUGUUUUUGAGCGUGGUGCGGACAGAGAAGCUGCUGGGGCUAUGGAAAGGUGUUUCACCGUCAUUCGUACGAACCAUCCCGGGUGUGGGGAUCUACUUUAGCACCUACUAUACUCUGAAGCAGCACUUCUUCCAGGACAGGAGCCCUGGGGCGUUGGAGGCUGUGCUGCUUGGAGGAGGGGCCCGGACAGUGGCAGGAAUCAUCAUGCUGCCUGUCACUGUCAUCAAGACCCGUUUUGAAUGUGGCAGGUACAGCUAUGGCAGUGUAACUGGAGCUCUGCGCAGCGUGGUUCAGACCGAGGGGCCCGGUGCCCUAUUUUCUGGUCUCAUGGCCACUCUUUUCAGAGACGUUCCUUUCUCUGGUAUCUAUGUCAUGUUCUACAGUCAGACAAAGGCGUCACUGCCCAAAGAAAUCAGCGUGUCUGCCUGGGCUCCUCUGGCUAACUUCAGCUGUGCAGUCCUGGCCGGUGUGAUGGCAUCUCUGAUCACACAGCCUGCAGACGUGGUCAAAACACACGUCCAAGUCAAUCCACAGCUUCGGACAUUAGAGGCCAUUAGAUACAUCUAUAUGGAACACAGACUGCAGGGCUUCCUCAGAGGAGCAGUCCCACGGCUGCUGAGGAGGACAAUGAUGGCUGCCAUGGCAUGGACGGUGUACGAGCAGAUGAUGACCCACAUGGGACUGAAGUCUUGAAGGGGGAAGGUUGAUAAAGAAACUAAUGAAAGACAGAACAGAUCUAAGUCAAGUCACUGAUGAGGACAGUAGAAAGUGGACCUGACGUCCAGAGUUGGUCAAUAUGCAGAGGUGUGGACCGAUGAUGACAGCCCUUCACUUCAAUGACUGACAUGCAUGUUACAAGAGAGGAGAAUUUGCUCUUUGUAAUGUGUUCUACUGGGUGAUUUCUGAAGUUCACAGUUAUUAUUAUAUACUAACUAUUUAUUGCUGUUUUCUGUGCUUUUUAACCUGCCAAAGGGAUAACACAGGGAUCUUUCAGUGUAUUGAAUUGCACUAAAUAUUAUUAAUUUGUCAUUAGCUAAAAUAUUCCACUUUUUAAAAAAUGUCUAAAAAGGUGGGAAUUCCAAUGUCUCCUUUUUAUCCACAGGAAACAUGUCUAUGUUAUCUUAAGAUAAUGCCAAUGGCACAGUUAUUACUUAACAGUAUUCCUCAUUCUGCAGUGCACUUUAUUAA